UUACAGAGUACUAAAAUAGAGUUAGACCAACAGAUGGAUAAACUGAUCAAGGAAAGAGAACUCUUACAAGAAACAUUAGAGAAAGCUUCAUAUCCAGAGGAUGUCAGAAGAUUAGAAGACAGAUAUAAAGAGGAAAUAGAGAGACUUAACAAGAAGUUAAAGUGGUAUGCUGAAAACCAGAAAAUGUUGGACCAAGACACCAAGAAAAUGAAAGCUAAAGAAGAGGAGAUUACUAAGCCAAAGUCUAGGAUACAAGAACUUCAGUCUGAGGUGAGUAAACUGAACUCUGUACCAAAUGUAACCCCCUCCCCCAACACACCUUCUUCUAUUUACGAGAAUCACAUCUCCAUCAAAGACACAUUCUGUAGUAAGAAGCACCAUUUUUAA